CACCGCGCACCCGGGGCAAUUACCUGUCUGCAAGCCCCGCCCCCGCGCUGAUUGACGGCCCGGAUCACGUGGGGGAGGGAAGAGGAGCAGGAGGAGGACGCCGGGGCGGGCGCUCGCACCUGGAGCUGGAGGGGAGGGGAAACCGGACGGGGAUGCGCUCGGCUGGGGCCGCCGCUACCGCCACCAGCUCGUUUUGCGCCGCUGCCGCCGCCGCCGCAGCAGGCCGAACCCAGCUCCUGCGCCCGGUGGAGGGGCCAUGGUGGCUGCUGCCCCUGCUGCAGCCGCGGCCAUGAGGAAAAGCUUCCUGGUGCCCGAGAUCAAGCCCUUGGAUCAGUAUGACUUCCCUCGGGCGCGCAGCGCCGCCAGCCUGGCCUGGGUGCUCGCCAAGGGCUACGGGGGUGCAGAGCACAUCCCUGCUGAGCUACGCGAACCCUUCUAUACAGACCAGUAUGAACAGGAGCACAUGAAGCCUCCUCUCAUCCGCUUGUUGCAUUCGUCUGACAUCUACUGCCGGGCCUGGCGCCGGGCCCUGCCAUCGGGCGCUGAUGGCGCCCCUUCCCCCAAGGACAAUGCUGCCUUGCUCCAGCUUCUGGCCCAUCGUGGCUUGGUGCCCACCUUCCAAGACAAGCCCAUCAAGGACACAGAUCUGCACCACAAACCAAUCAGACUGGGUGCGCACCUGGCAUUGAUUGACUCACUGAUGACAGUGUUUGCGUUGGAAGCCACAAGCUCACUGAGUGUUACGCCAGGCACUGAUCUGGCAGCCAUCUCCUGGGACCAGAAACUUCUGCACUGGAUAGACAUGAUCAUCCACAAGAUACAGCAAAGCAGCGAGCAGGAAUGCACUCAGCGGGCUGCUGCAGGAACAGACGGCCAGACCCAGGCCUCCAACAGCGGUCCCAAGUGUCCCACAAGGUGGUACUGGAAACUGGUUCCUCAUGCCAUCGCUUUUUGUUUGAAGGAGUCGGGGAAUAAGCCUCCUGUGAUCCGCUAUCGGAAGGACAAGGCGCUGCCCAAGCAGACUCCCUGCUUCCCUGCCAUCACUGGCAUGAAGGACCUGGCCAGCGGGGGCGCCAUUGCUGCCACCAUCCACUACUACUGCCCCCAGAUUGUGCGCCUCGAGGAUGUGUGCCUGAAGGAGACCAUGUCGGUGGCAGACAGCCUGUACAACCUGCAGCUGAUCCAGGGCUUCUCUGCGGAUUAUUUGGGUGGCUCCUGCUUCCUCUCCUUGGAGGACCUGCUAUACAUGCCACCUAUGCUGAGGAUAAACGUCGGGGUGUUCCUGGCAGAGUUGUUCCUGUGCUUUGAGGUGCUUAAGCCUGACUUUGUGCACCCAAAGGAGCUGCCUGGACUUCAAGAUUCCCCUGGGCUGAAUGACUCCCUGACGCCCAACAGUGGGAACAACAGCAGCUCCCCAGUUUUCAGCUUCCGCCACCCACUGCUGCCUGGAGGGCAGGCACAGUCUCCACUCUGUGGUUCUUUAGGCUCCCUGCAUCACUCUACAUCCAUGUCCCAUGUUGAGGGCUUUGGUAAACCAUGGAGCAAGAAGCAGCUCAGCCACCCGUUGUCACAGGCGGUCUCCUUCAGCAUCCCCUUUGGCUUGGACAGCGAUGUGGACAUUGUGAUGGGGAACCCGGUGGGCAUGCUGCGCUCUGUCAGCUCAGACAGCCUGGCCCCUGCCCUCUAUUCCUCCUUGCCUCGCUCCCCGCGCCCACGGUCCACUGACGUGGUUGAGGCCCCCAAUGGCUUAGUGACAACACCGCUCCACGGGGCUGGACCCAAGGCCCAGGAGGGUCUGGCCCUGGAAAACGGGCUGAGCGACGGCUACCCCGACCUGCCUACCAUCGAGGAGGCCCUGCAGAUCAUCCACAGCAGCGAGCGCCUGCUCCCCGAGGGAGCGCCCGAUGGCUUUUACCUGCACUCUCCGGAGCCGCCGAAAACUUCUGUGCCAGAAAAGGCACCCAUGGCAACUGUUUACCGCUGCCACAAUGGCCCCCCCAAUGGGGCCGAGCCAGCCCAGGACGGCAGCUUAGACUCAGAUGCCGAGGAGCCCACGCGGGCCCCUGGCGGCCCCGACGACUCCACCUCGUGCGUCAGUUCGCUGAGCUCACAGCCCGACAGCACGGCUUCGUCCGCCUCUGGCGUGCGCAUGACCAGUUUCGCGGAGCGCAAGAAGAAGCUGGCGGCAACAGACAGCAAGUCCAGUGGGAUCAGCUCCGAGGGCUCUGAAGUUGGGCCUGUCCCGCCAGACGAGAGCCCCGCCCAGAGCCCCGCCCUCAGCUCAGAGAUGAACCAGCUGGGGGCGCGGCUGGAGGAGAAGCGCCGGGCCAUCGAGGCUCAGAAGAAGCGCAUUGAGGCCAUCUUCACCCGGCACCGCCAGCGCCUGGGCAAGAGUGCCUUCCUGCAGCUACAGAAGGCCGCCGAUGCCCAGGGCCAGUCGGAGGAUGGCCGGCUUGCUCUCGAGGAGCGGCUUGCCCAGCUGGAGGCCGAAGAAGAGGCCGGAAGCCCUCGGGCCCGCCUAGACAACAAGCAGGUGACCUUUUCCCCAGAAAUCACCAAGGGCGGAGCGUUGGACGAGAACCUAGGCGACUACAACCGGGCGGUGGCCAAGCUGAAUACCGCCCUGAGCUCCCUGCAGCUGGACAUGCAGCGUCUGAGCGAUCAGCAGCAGCGCCUCCUGCUGGAUAAGAAGCCUAGCGUGCAGGCCUGGGUGAUCCCAGCCCCAAGGACCGGCCGUGAGGGGGCUCCUCCCCGCUCCUCCCUGGAGCUGUCCUCCCCAUCUCCAUCGCCCUCCCCUUCCCGCAAGUCCCGCUCCCCUCAGCCCACCCCUAAGAAGUCUCCCGCCCCGGCUCCGCCCAAGAGCCCCCGGCACGCCCGGCCAGUGGAGCUGAAGCUGCCCCCCCUCACGCGGGUCCUGACGCCUCCCCACAACGUGGACACCCUCCCGCACCUCCGCAAGUUUUCCCCCAGCCAGGUGCCCAUGCAGACCCGCUCCUCCAUCCAUUUUGCCGAGGACGAGGAGCUGCCCGUGCCGGAGGCCCAGGGGAACUUGCGGCCUGUGGCCUCGGUGCCCCCUCAGGGGGGCAAUGGCCGUGUCUCGGGGGAUGGCACCAGUGACGUCUCCUCGCCCAGCGACCGGCGCAGCAGCCUGAUUGAAAUCCCCUUGUCCAGCCUGAAGGGGGAGGAGGAAGACGACGAUGCAGAUGGCGACGACUCGCUGGAGGGAUCCAUCACCGAGACCCUGGACUCCGAGCCGGCCCGGGCUGGCAUGGGCUUCUACUUCAAGGAUGAGGCGAAGGCUGAGGAGGAAAUGGCGCAGAAGCGCGCAAGCUUCCUAGAGAGGCAGCAGCGACGCACUGAGGAGGCGAAGCGCAGGAAGCAAUGGCAGGAGGCGGAGAAGGAGAAGAAAGAGGAGGAGGCAAGACAGCGGCAGGCAGAGGAGCAGCCCCGGCAAGAGGAGGAAGUGGUGGGGCCGAGGCGCGGUGACUUCACCCGCCUGGAAUACCAGCGGCGCCAUCAGCUCAAGCUGAUGGACGACCUGGACAAGGUGCUGCGGCAGAAGCCCACCACUGUGCGUGCCCUCAAGAAGGGGCGGCCCAAGACCGUCUUCUGUGAUGACUCUGCCCUCGCGCGCAGCCCCGUGAAAGGCCUCCUUGGCUCCAAGCUCAGCAAGGUGUAUUCCCAGUCGACUCUCUCGCUUUCUACAGUGGCCAAUGAUCCUGGCAACUCGCUCUCCAUCAAGAGGUCUUCUCGAGCUGCGUCUCCUUCUGGGCCAAUGUCCCCCAGCCGGUUGCUGUCCAACCAGAACCGGGAGCGUGACUGGGAGAACGCAUCGACCGCUUCCUCGCCAGCCUCCAUUCCAGAGUACACAGGACCCAAGCUGUACAAGGAGCCCAGUGCCAAGUCCAAUAAGUACAUUAUUCACAAUGCACUGUCUCACUGCUGCCUUGCUGGCAAAGUCAAUGAACCCCAGAAAAAUCGCAUCCUGGAGGAAGUGGAGAAGAGCAAAGCUAAUCACUUCCUCAUCCUGUUCCGUGAUUCGAGCUGCCAGUUCCGGGCGCUGUACACCCUGUCGCCAGAGACGGAGGAACUGACGCGCCUGGCAGGCUACGGGCCACGCACCAUCACUCUGGCCAUGAUCGAGGGCAUCUACAAGUACAGCUCUGACCGUAAGCGCUUCACGCAGAUUCCCAGCAAGACCAUGUCCAUGAGUGUGGAUGCCUUCACCAUCCAAGGACACCUCUGGCAGACCAAGAAGCCAGGCACCCCCAAGAAGCCAGGCACACCAAAAUAGCCAGGCCUUUCCAACCUCAGCCCGUCUACUGCUUUUCUCUGCCUGGACUUUAGAGCUGCUACUUCUUAGGUUGCCGGCCCAAGUCGGAUACAUGGAACCCUACACAUAGCCUUCCAAAAUGGGUGGCUUGGGUAGAUGGGUCUGUUAAGCAGGGGGCUACAUCUUGUACUGGACCAGCGUUAUCUCUGGCUGGAUCAGAGCCACACAGGAGUCUUGUGCAUAGUUCUGAUGCCAGUUCUAAGGAGACUGCUUUUGGGGGGGGGGCGUUGUUGACAGAUGCUCUGGAAACUGCCAAAUCCCAUGAUAAUCUAGAGGCUCAGAGUUGCCAUAGUGACACUGCCCUACAUGCGGCCUGUGUGCGCUCGUCUGGGCUCCUGCAUGCUCUGUCUGCCUCCAGCCACCACCUGAAUGUUGGUCCACCACCACAGCAAUGAAGGGUCUCUCUCUGACUCCUGCUUGCCUGGGGAACGGGGCCCAGGCCUUCUUUGGUUCUGUUCGGGGUUUCUUGUUUCCCUGGGUGCCCCUGUUUAUAUUUAUACAUACUUAUACAUAUAUAUAUAGAUAUAUAUAUAUAUCUUGGAGCUAUUUAAUGAUUUUUCAAUUAUUUGUAUAUAAAAAGGAACAAAUUGCAUUUGGAACAAUGGGGCAGGGUGAAUUUGUAUAUGGAGAUAGGCAUGGUGGGGGGAGGGUAGCACAGAACAAGGUGUGUGUGUGUGUGUGUGUGGAUGGAUGUUUCCUCCUUUGGAGUUUUGUCUGUUUUCCUUCCCCACUUCCCCUUUGGGCUCCCCCCCCCCCCAUGCUCCCUUGUUCACAAGGGCUAUUUGGUGUAGGGAUGGGCAAGGGCUGUUUACAUGUCAUAACUUUUUAGCAGGCAUUUUGGGGGAUGGCAGGGAGCCUGUGAAUUUGGCAAGCUUCAGCUGGCCAUUCUCAUUCAAAAUAUUUGGAAGCUGGGAGUUGCUGUAGUCACAGAGCAGGCCUCUGUGGAUCCUGAACUGAGCUGCCAAAUGGAAAAUGCAAACUCCUUCCUUACCAGUUUAGAGCUGCACCUCUGGGCUGUAGCAGGCAGUGAAUGUAGGCUGCUCCUUCAGUUGUCCUCCCCAAGAGCCAGAGGAGGCCUGGGCACUGAGGGGCUUCUACCCUCUAUUCUUUCUCUCCUCCCCCACCCCCUACCCGGCCCACUUGCUGUCUGGGUCUUUUCCUCCACCUCCUGCUCUUUUGGGGUAGCAGUUGCUCUCGAGGCAGAGUGCAGGAGGGAGCUGGGGGAAGCCAAUCCUGUUCAGCUUGGGGUUCUGUCUUGUUCAACUUUAUUCCAGGUCUCUCGUGGUUGCUUGUUGAUGACCGAAUGUCAUGUAGGUGUUUGGGGAUACAGUAUAGUGCAGGGUUGGUGUUAAAAAAAAUUAAAAGGGCAGGUGGGAACUUUGUCCCUGGCUGCUUAAUAAAGUAACUUAAAUGAA